CCCUGCUGCGGCGUUAGCUGUAGCCUCAGGUGAUAGCCAGGUACCAGAAGACGCUCGGCUGCUCCGGGGUCCUGCUUUCUUUCUUUUUACCAGAAAAGACACUGAACGGAUGUGCUGGGGGGGUGUUGUUCGGUAGCGGCGCCGGGCUCCGGACUUCGACACAAAGUUUCUUCCUUUGUCGGAUGCAACCAAAAGUCUCCUGGAAGUCGUCGGUUCUGUCGACACUCGGUCCCAGUCUGAGGCGCUAGGAGCUGCGCUGCUGCGAAGACUUCCGCGCUCCGCUCGCCAGAGCGCACAGCAACAACUGUUUCUGCUUAUGCGGUCUGUCUCAGUGAUGUGAAGGAGGAGUCGCGUCCACUAACCUGUGAGCACCACUCUUCCCCUGCAGGUCCCAGGUGUUUUGAGCCAUGCCUGGCCACAGCUCAGGGGCUCCGCAGACGUCCCACCACUACAAGCACCACAACUCAAGCUCUAAAGCGGACAAGUACAGACAAAGUCGAACUAUAUACAGGGAGAGCACAGUCAAACAUGACCUCAAGGAUCUUCAUGGAGAACAUCUACACGAACACCGCAAUGAACACCCUCGGUAUUCAGAAAACAAGAACGGCCGAAGCAGAGGACACCAAAGAAAUGGCACAGCUCGGGGCUCGGAGACUAUAGGAUUUAUACCCGGGUCGGCCGACAGCACGCCGGCCAACAGGCCUGCAUGUGGCUCCUGUGCCUCUAUGGGUUGGAGUGGCUGCAAGGCCCUCAUCUGUUGUUUGCUCACCUGUGGAUACUAUGGCAGCCGAGACCCCUGUCUGCCUGUUAAUGAGAGCUCCACAGACCACCCAUCCAAAGCAGGUGCUGAGCCUUCUAAUUGCAUGGUGCUGAACAAUCCAACCUGCGGCAUCUCUGUUGAGUCCAGCAAGCCCACUAAAACCACCAAGUUACCAACAAGCGAAAGCUUCCGUUACCCAGAUGUUCGUUUCAGAGGUGAGAUAGUAAAUUACCCACUGAAUCCCACCAAACGGACCCGUCAACCAGCCAAAGGAGAGAGCCAGAGACCUAGCAGCAGUACCAGCCUUUUGUCCAACGACUACUAUGACUUGGACGACCCGUGCGACAGCACAGACGUUGACUCUCUUAUCACCAAGAAGCUCCUGGAGCUUUACGCCCUCCAUCAGAUCGAAGAGCUGGCCAAGUGCACGUCCGAUUCCUCUUUCUUCCGCAAGACCAACGAGAUAAGCGAACUCAUCUACAACAUAGCCCAGAACUACAAUCUGGAGGAGCAGGAAGCCGAGUGCAAGCUGGUGCGAGGGGUCAUCCGCAUCAGCACACGGAAGCCCAAGAAGAAGCCCAGCCAUCAGCCAGCGGGGCAGCGUCCUAACGGCAGGAACGACGGGACGCUGCCUGAUAGCGGCAACGAGACCAUGACGCAGACCUUCAUGAGCAGCGAUUUUCCAGAGGUGAAAGUGUCCGAACUAACGCCGUCAGACGAGCUGGCCAGGAAGAUGAGACCGUACAGCUCAAGAACAUAUUCCUCCAGCACCACCACCGGCUACUCUCCCUACCAGCAUGACACUGGAACAAACUCCUCAGGAGCUCCUCUGCUUAUAUGAAACGCAAUGCAGAGACUAGAAUGUCUAUUUACAGACAAAUCAUGUAGCCUCUUCUUUUAUACUGUUACUGAGCAGAGCACCUUUAUCCUAGAUGGGUUAGUUCUCCAUUAAUUGGUCAAAUAUAUAUAUAUUUUUUACCUUUUCUAAAACGUGACCAGCAGAGGAGACCCUUUUCCAGUUUUUCUUAAUUUUUUUUUCGAUGGCAAAAGGUUGCAAGCUUUUACAAAUGGAGUGUUUUAGGUGUAGAAAGUGACUUAAGUAAAAGUUCAACAGCAAGGAGGCCAGAGGAUCAAUGCAUCGGGACAGAACCGUCCUCAUUCUUGGCUUUGUUAUUGUUUAUACAGGAUAUCCUAUUCUGCAUGUACAGCUUUAUGUCUCCAACCAUUUCUCUAGACUACUGAGACACAUUUUGUUGUUUGUUUUUUUUUUACUUACAGAUUGUUUUAAGCCAUAUUUUGAUGUACAUAUCAAGACAAUGUUACUCUGUACCAUUUGGAUAUUUUUUUUGUUAUACAGCAAGUCAUGUUUUUAAGAAAAUAAGAAUUUCAGUGCUUGUUUGUUUUUUUUUGUUUUUAUUUCUAUUGUGUUUUUUAUUAAAGCUGUUGUUAUGCAUGCUGCUCUAAGUGCAACGUUUUCUUAUGAUUUGUAACACAAACCAAAUUUCUGUUCAAACCAAAAGCUGCUCAUAUUAAGCUCUUCACUUUUGAAUAUUUCUUGUGUCGAUAAAUAUCUCUGUGAAUUUUUCUCCGUAGCCCACUUUUCUUUUCUUUUUUUUGUCUUUUAUCUAUGGGAUUGUUGUCAGGCUCAUCUCCCCGAGGUCAGUGUUGCAGCAGGCAGGCUUUUUCCGCCCUCAGCAAAAGAAGGAACUCGUUUGGCUGGUUCUGACUGAAGGGAAAUAAAAUCCAGGGGUUUGUCUUUGUCAUUUAUUGCAAAAUGAACACUGAGCACCGAAAACCAACACAAUUUCAGGAUUGUGUCCUGAUCAUUUUUUGUCUUUUUAGGUCAAACAUACUUUAUUUUCUUUUUAUGACAGAGGUCAAAAGGCUAAAUCUUUUAGCUGCUGUUAUCUACAACCAUUAUGUCUCUGUUGUAAAACCAGGACAAGAUUUUAAAUGAAUAAAACUCCUGAGCAAUCUUAA